AAUUCCUUGAAGUUGAUCAUAUAUAAAAGAUUAAGAAAAUCUCUGUUUAUAUGUAUUUCUCCAAAUACAUCGAAAAAUAAUAUAAUCCAGUCGAAGAGACUGCUGCCAUCUAGUGAAUGAAAAUCUGAGUGACGUUCUCCCAUAAUAUUUACUGUUUCGUAAACCGACAAAAUUGUUCGACGGCGAUGUCGCACGCAAUCCAAUCAAGUAUCUUCCGUGCUGCACGAUCAUUGCGGCAUGCUGCAAAAAUCCAAAGAUGGUAUUCCAGCCAAGCAACCCCUCGUAUCACAACACACUACACUGUAGUUCCAAGAGAAACAGAUGAACGGUGGACUGAUGUUGACAUGGAAAGAUAUGCUGAUGAAGCUGAUGUGGUAAUUGUUGGUGGUGGCCCAGCAGGUCUUGCAGCAUCCAUUAGACUAAUGCAACUUGCUCAAGAGAAGGAAAAAGAAAUCAGAGUGAUGCUAGUUGAGAAAGCAGCGGACAUUGGUGGUCACACACUUUCUGGUGCCUGUUUGGAAACCCAUGCAUUAGAUGAGCUUAUUCCUGAUUGGAAGGAACGUGGUGCCCCAUUAAAUACGCCUGUGACAAAAGAUAAGUUUGCGUUUUUAACAGAAAAAGGACGAAUACCCAUCCCAAUUCUUCCAGGGAUGCCUAUGUAUAAUCAUGGUAACUACGUAGUACGUUUAGGCCACUUUGUACGAUGGUUGGGAGAACAAGCAGAAGAAUUAGGAGUUGAAAUAUAUUCUGGAACCCCUGCAUCAGAGUUAUUGUAUAAUGAAGAUGGGUCUGUAGCAGGCAUUGCCACAAGUGAUGUAGGCAUAGCCAAAGAUGGGUCUCCAAAGGACUCCUUUGCUCGUGGAAUGGAAUUGCGUGCCAAAUGUACAAUCUUUGCUGAAGGAUGCCAUGGCCACCUAGCCAAGCAACUGUAUAGCAAGUUUAAUCUAAGAGAAAAUUGUCAACCGCAGACUUAUGCUAUUGGUUUGAAAGAAGUUUGGGAAAUUAGUCCAGACAAGCAUGACCCAGGUUGUUGUAUAGAGCAUACAGUUGGAUGGCCCUUGGAUAAAAAUACAUAUGGGGGUUCCUUUCUGUAUCAUCUUAAUGAAGAAACACCUCGUGUAGCAAUAGGUCUUGUUGUGGCCUUGGAUUACUCAAACCCUUACUUGAGUCCUUUUAGGGAAUUCCAAAGGUUUAAACAUCAUCCAUCAAUUGAACCCAUUUUGAGAGGUGGUACCAGAAUAUCAUAUGGUGCACGAGCAUUGAAUGAAGGUGGUUACCAGUGUAUCCCAAAGCUAACUUUUCCAGGUGGUUGUCUUGUUGGAUGUUCCCCUGGUUUUAUGAAUGUUCCAAAAAUUAAAGGCACCCACAAUGCUAUGAAGAGUGCAAUGUUAGCAGCAGAGAGUAUAUUUGAUGCCAUUAUUGAUGAAAACAAUGCAGAAGCUGUUGGUAAGUAAUCAUUAUAAGUUGUAGA